UAAUCAACCAACCCCCCCGCACUUCCCCCACCUCUCUGGAUUAGCUUCGAGAUCCCACGAUGGAUUUCCCCCUGGCCCCAAUCCCGAGUAUUGCCGUUGGGGAGCUAUCUGUGGGCACGGCCAGCACCGUCAACAGCCGGAGGAAGAGAGCAGCAGGUGGAGCCCCGCCAAGCCCGAGAUCCACCAAGCGCAGUACGUACUCCGAAACGGAGCGGUCACCUCUUGAUCGCGCCGGUAGCGACACAGCGCGUUCUUCCGAGCCGAGAUCCCGCCCGAUGUGCUUUCGGAUAUCGAAUGUCCCACUUACCUGGGGAAAGGAGGACCUUGUUGAGCAUCUCAAGCGUGUCGGCUUUGUGGACAAGGGCCACAACCGAGUGUCGCUGUACCCGGCGUGUAGUGGUGACGGUCAAGUGGCGCUGCUGAACUUGGUGGAAUACUUCGAGUGGUUCCGACAGCUCAGCAUCACUGGUUCGGAUACUCUUCCAGGUUGCGGUUCGGAAACGAAUCUUCAGAUCGACCGACAUUUCUAUGGCCUCACACCGUUGAACAAUCCAAAAAAGAAUAUCGCUGCUGAUGUUGUUGCUGUAACCGGGCUCGCUGGACAUGCGUAUGGGUCGUGGAAAAAUCGGACGAAAAAUCGGAUGUGGCUCCACGAUUUCCUUCCCUGCGAGUUCAACAACAUUCGGAUCAUGACCUACGGUUACGAUACCACCCUUCAGUCUGCCGACGACACCGAUCCAGCGAACGUAAACCCGGCGAAGCGUAUCUUGGACCUUCGUAGGGCCUUCGUUACCAGUUUGACAAACGCGAGAAGUUCUCCAGAACGUCCGAUAGUUUUUCUUGGACACAGCCUGGGUGGCAUCCUUAUACUACAAGCUUUGCUCCAGUGCAAACUCCACUCGAUGCAUCAGGAUCUCAUCGAAGCAACCCGGACGAUAUGUUUCUUUGGAACCCCACAAAAAGGCCUCCGGACGGCCGAGCUAGAGGAGGCAGUUAAUGAAGAACCCAAUAAAGUCGCAAAUUUGUUGUUUCAACUCCGAGUCGGUUCGGAAUUUUUGGAAACCCAGGCAGAUGACCUCGUUGAAGUCUUGAGCCAAUGUAACGUUGUGACCUUCUACGAAACCGUGGAAACGGCAACAGUUACUAAGUCUUCGACAACGGGAAAAUGGACGAGAGAUGGACCACCGGCGAUUAUGGUGACCAAGGACUCCGCCCAACUGUUUCUGCCGAACGAACAGCGUAUCCCCGUUUCAAGUAACCAUAGCGACAUUGUCAAGUUUCCCGACCCUUCAAACGAAACGUAUAGAAGUGUGGUUACGCAGAUCAAGAUGUGCAUAGAUAUGGUUGUUCGGCAGCGAGAGAUUUCAAGAAAGAUUACGCACAUCAGUUAAGGAGGUGGUAAGCUGUUUGAAGAGCUUGAAAGGUACAGAUUGUGAAGCUCAGCGCGACGAAAUACUUUUUACACGACAUCGCGAUACCUGUGGAUGGUUGACAGCCGACAAACGCUACAAAAAUUGGGCACGGAACGACGGAAAGACGGUACUUUGGAUACGCGGAGAUCCAGGAUGCGGGAAAAGUGUUCUGGCUG